GGCACCCAAAUCGACUGUCACAUCACACUCACUCACUGCACUUUCAUCUCUCACUGUCCCAUCACAUGUUUACUUGAUUCGCAGUUGAGGCGAUUCAGCUUCUCAAUAUCCAAUCCUUACACUUGUCUGCAGUUGGCUACUGAAUUGGAUCGAAGCCAUGGCGACGAAGUUAAGGAACUCGAUUCUGUACUGGGGAGCUCUCUUCUGCAUCUUGCAUUGCGUCCAUUUGAGUUCAGCUCAGGACACUCUGCCAAACUGCACGUUUCCUGCAGUCUAUGCCUUCGGAGAUGGGCUCACUGAUGUAGGAAAUGCGAUCGCUGCAUUUCCGGAAAUAUUCGCAAACGCGGAGUUGGAUCCCAACGGCGUUGAGUUCCCUACGCAUCCAGCUGAUCGAUUCUGCGAUGGAAAAUUGCUCGUCGACUUCCUUGCAUUUGGAGUUAGGAGGCGGCCCAUAUACCCAGUACUGAGAGGAACAUCUCCAGACUUCAGAUACGGUACCAACUUUGCAGCUGUUGGCGGUUCGGCAAGAAAUGUUACUUUCUGGAGCAAGGCCACCGGACUCCACUUUACGCCCUUCAGCUUGGAUGUGCAGUUGCAGUGGUUUGAUCGCUACAAAGUUCGACUCUGGUUUUACGAAUUCAUGAACCCCGGGAUCGUCGUGCAGCCCCUGCCCACGUUGAACUCCGUCAACCAGUCGUUGUUCUUGGUGUACGCCGGCUACCAGGACUAUUUCUACAGCCUCUAUGACGAGACUCUCACUCCUCGCCAGACCUUAAACAUUGUGGAGGAAGUAGUGGAGUCCAUCGGUACUCACAUUGAGGGCAUGCUGAAGGUUACAAUCUACCAGCCUCCUGCUUCACCGAGUUAUGUCAUGCCCGCAGCUAAACACAUUCUCGUGCUGGGACUGCCUCCUCUGGGCUGUAUUCCUGCCAUGCUCACCUUGUACCAAUCCUCGAAAGCCAAAUACGACCGUUACGGCUGUUUGAGUGACCUCAACAAGAUUACCGCCAAGCACAACAAGUUGCUAGGAGAGAAGGUGGAUGCCCUGCGUGAGAAGUACCCUGAUACAUUGAAUGUGUUUUACGGUGACAUUCACGGUGUCUACACCGACAUCCUGAAGAACCCCGAGGCUUACAAUGUAACAGAGCCUUUAAAGGCUUGCUGCGGAGUGGGAGGAUCCUACAGCUUCAACAAGGACGUGACAUGUGGCCAUAUCGGCAUGGUUGGAAAGGAAAUGGUGAACUUGACGGGCACCCCGCCAUGCGAGGAUCACAAAUCUCACCUCAGCUGGGACGGCAUCCACACGUCCAACACCUUUAACAAGGCUGCUGUGACUGCCUUCCUGACGGGGAAGCACAUUUACCCCGAGGGCGGGCUCAAGUGCUCCCCUGACUUCACUAACUGGGAUGCCAGGAUGUAGACAUCCAUGCCAAAGAUCAAAACAGUUUGACAACGACAACCACGGGCACACAUCGACCGUCACCUCAACAAACUUUUGGAUACAGUGUUUGCUCUUCUUGCAAUUUGACUACAAUUCGCGGAGUAGCUUCUCUUUCGUGUUUUGAUGGGCGACGUAGAAAUCGGCCUGUGUUGGCGUGAUCCCUUAAAAUAACCGAGUUCGAAGAGCUCCAUUGAUGCGGAUCCACAAAAUAGUAAAAUAAACAUUAGUAUUGUCUGGAGAUUUUGAUGCAAGUUACAAGAGAUCCCUGUGUGUGGAUUGGGAUAUCAGCUCCAAACGUACCGCUAAGCGUUUUGUGAAGAGACUCAUAAUGCAAUUGCAUUAAUCAAUAAAGAUUUUGUAGUGUUUGUAAA